AUGAGGCUUUACGUCUACGUCCUGCAAGCGAAGGAUUUACCGGUUGAAGAGACGUUCGUGAAGCUUCACGUUGGGAAACACAAGUCGAAAACGAGAGUCUCGAGAGAUACUUCGAAUCCGAUCUGGAAUGAGGAAUUCGUUUUCAGAGUUGGUGGCGAUUUCGAGGAAGGCGACGAUGUUGUCGUCUCGAUUCUUCAUCACGAACAGGAUAAUCAUCACUCAGGUCAGUCAGAUGUCUCCACGGGGCUGAUUGGGAAAGUUCGGAUACCGCUUUGUGACGUCGCCGGUGAAGAGAAUCAGACUAUGUUGCCGAAGUGGUUCGUUAUUGAAAAGCCCAGUGAUGGCAAGUUUGUUAACAUCGAAUGUGGGAAAAUCCUUCUUAGUUUGGCUUUGCAAGGAAAGUCGGAAAGUACUUCUGGUGAAAAAGUCCCCAGUGAUAAGCAGGAUAUCAACGUGGAUGGGGUUAAAGAACUCGAAGGAUCGGCUAAAGAUGGGAAACGGCGUAAACACCAUGAUGGGAAGCAUAUAAUGAAGAAUUUUGUCAACCAGAUCGACAAGCUUUUUCAUAAGAAGGAGGAAAUCUCUAAGAGGCUCAACGACGAGCCAGCAGGAGAAAGUGUAACCUCGCACUACGAGGAUGCCACGGACAAAUGUUCUGUCUCUGCUACUUGUUCUGGCUUUGAGGAAGGCCUUGAUAUGAUGCAGUCUAGUGACGGAGAAAUAGAAGAAAUGCCUGAGAAUCUUCUAGGGGGAAUUCUCCUUGAUCAGAAAUAUUUAGCCUCGCCUUCUGAUAUUAACAAAUUUCUUUUCUCGCCAAAUUCACAGUUUAGGAAAGAGUUGGCUGAGCUUCAAAAUCUAACAGAUGUACAGGAAGGCCCUUGGACAAUGACACAGGAAGAUGGGACUCCUCGUCUAACACGGGUUGUCACAUACACGAGACCUGCAACAAAGAUGGUCAAAGCAGGGAAAGCUACAGAGAACCAAAUCUACAGGAAAGCGAGUGGGAAGCAGUUUGCUGUUUUCGUUAAUGUAAGCACACCAGAUGUUCCCUAUGGAAACACCUUUAAAAUAGAGUUGCUUUACAAGAUACUACCUGAGACAGAGCCAAAUGCUGGUGGUGAAUCUUCUCGACUGAUUAUAUCGUGGGGGAUUCGAUUCAGUCAAAGUACUAUAAUGAAAGGAAUGAUUGAAGGAGGUGCUAGGCAAGGGAUGAAAGACAGCUUUGAGCAGUUUGCUGAUCUCUUGGCUAAGAGUUACAAAACUAUUGAUCCGGCUGUUUCAUUGGACAAGGAUCAGGUUAUAGCCACAGUGCAGUCAGAAAAAAAGACUGAUUUGAAAUCAGCUUUUCUAUACUUCUGGAGUUCCUCUGUUAUCUGUGCUAUUCUUUUGUCUGUGUAUGUUGUGGUACAUAUACUGCACUGUGAGCCUGGCAAAAUCCAAGGUGUUGAAUUCUAUGGGCUUGAUUUACCUGAUAGUUUUGGAGAGUUGUUCAGUAGUGGAAUACUAGUUCUUCUUCUGGAGCGUGUUUAUAUGAUGACUGUCCACUUUAUACAAGCUAGAUUGCAUCGAGGGAAAGAUAAUGGAGUCAAAGCUAAUGGUAAGGGAUGGAUUCUGACAAUAGCUCUAAUUAAGGGCACAAAUUUGGCUUCGGUGGAAGCAACAGAGCUUUUUGAUCCUUAUGUUGUUUUCACUUGCAAUGGGAAAACAAGAACAAGCUCUGUCAAACUCCAAGCUCAGGAUCCUCAAUGGAAUGAGGUAAUCGAGUUUGAUGCAAUGGAAGAACCACCGUCGGUAUUAGAUGUGGAGGUUUUUGAUUUUGAUGGUCCGUUUGACCAGGGUGCCUCUCUUGGGCACGCAGAGAUCAAUUUCUUGAAACAUACAGCUGAUGAACUUGCAGACUUGUGUGUUCCUCUAGUUGGUCAUCAUGCUCAAGCGUCUCAAUCAAAGUUACAAUUAAGAAUCUUUCUCGAAAACAAGAACGGGGUUGAAACAAUGAAGGAUUACUUGAGCAAGGUAGAAAAGGAAGUUGGCAAGAAGUUGAACAUUCGGUCACCACAAAAGAACUCUGCUUUCCAGAAACUCUUUGGUUUGCCGCAUGAAGAGUUUCUUCUCAAAGAAUAUACAUGUUACUUGAAGAGAAAACUGCCUGUGCAGGGAAAGCUGUUUCUAUCUGCUAGAAUCGUGGCCUUCUACUCCAAUUUGUUUGGACACAAGACAAAGUUUUACUUCCUCUGGGAAGAUAUUGAUGACAUCCAAGUGCUUCCACCAAGUCUUGCUUCCUUAGGUAGCCCUUUGCUGCUAAUCAUUCUGAAAAAGAACCGAGGCCUCGAUGGAAAGCAUGGUGCUAGAUCUCAGGACGAGGAAGGCAGACUCUGGUACUAUUUCCAGUCAUUUGUGUCAUUUGAUACAACAAGCAGGACAAUCAUGGCUUUAUGGAAAACGAGGACGUUAAGUAUAGAUCAUAGAGCACAAAUAGCAGAAGAAGAACAAGACGUAUCAGAUCCCUUCCUCUUACCUGAAGAUACCUCAGUUGUUCCAGAUGCGGAUGCGUUAAAGAUGUCGAAAGUUCACUCGUGUGAUCUACCUGGAGAUGUGGAAUUGGUAAUGAAGAUCUUUGGCGGAGGAGAAAUGGAGCGUAAGAUCAUGGAGAAAUCAGGAUGUCUCAACUACGCGAGCACGACAUGGGAAUCGAAGAAACCUGGGAUCUACGAAAGACGCCUUUCUUACAAAUACAAUCACUACGUCUCUGUCUUUGGAGGCGGAGUCACUUGCUCACAGCAGAAAUCUCCAGCUCCGAAUGAUGAAGGAUGGAUCUUGAAUGAGAUUGUCGCUCUUCAUGAUGUACCUUUCGGUGACCAUUUUCGCGUUCAUCUGAGGUAUGAGGUGAAGAAAGGAGGAGUUGAUUGUAAAACAAGUAAGUGUGAGGUUUAUUUGAAGAUAAGGUGGCUUAAACCGAUAAAGUUUGAGCAGAGGAUAAGCAAAAGUAUAAUGGAGAAAUUCAGGAAUCGAUUGAAGGUUAUAUUUGAUUUGUUUCAGAAAGAGUCUGUUGCAAGUUCGUCUUUGACACUUCUCUGA